AUGGAGCAGCAAAAUCGGGAAAAUUCCGACAACGGUGACCGGAAAACGAGUGACGGUGAUAUUAAAGAAGAAGAUCAAGAGGUUAAUAAUUCCCCGGAAUCGAUGAUAUGUGGCCCGACAGCUCCGGAAAGGAGGCAUCAGUGUAAGGAGUGCGAGAAGAGUUUCAACUCAGGCAAGGCUUUAGGAGGGCACAUGAGCAGCGCCCAUGUCCAGGCCAGCAAGGAUUACUCUUUCAACAAGCUCAAUUCCAAGAUCACGGGCUCCAGCUCUCCGGGGCCCGGCCCCGAGUGCCCCAUAUGCGGAAAGCGGUUCCACUCCCAGAAGUCGCUGUAUGGGCACAUGCGGUGCCACCCGGAUCGCGAGUGGAGAGGGAUGGAACCCCCGCCGACGACGAGUCCGGAUGAUUUUGCCGAUACUCUGAGGGGAUGGCCUGUGAAGGCCAUACGAGGCAGCCGCGUGCCGCCUGCUAAAUCCCAGGAUAUUUCAAGCUCGGGUGAGGAUGAUGGAGGUGUUUGGGCUGGGCACGAGCUUCUGAGGUUGCUCAAACGGAAUCUCGACAGUUGUGGUGGUAUCGAUAAUGGGCAUCCCGGAUUGGUUAAUGGGGCCGGGUUUGGAAACCCAACGGAUAGCACGGUUGAUUUCAAGAUCAUGGACUAUGAUGAUGCUGUGAAGAAAGUAGCAGCUUGUGGGUCUGAGGUUAAUCACGAGCUCGGACCAGAAACCUUGUAUUCGGAGAUUAAGGCCCAAGAUUCCAAGAGGCAGAAAAUAUGGAACACCAAUGGCAAGAUCGAAAGCUGCGGCAAGGGGAAAGAUGAGAUGGGCGAAAAAUCGACAAAAAUCACACAACCUCUCCAAACCGCCCAAAAUCGCACAGUCCAAGCCCUAUUCGAACUCGCCCGUCGCCGUUCUUACCAAGCCCCCGUCGUCGUUCGUCGCUGCACUGAGCCCUCGCCGUCCGUCGCUGCACUGACCCUCACCAUCCGCUGUUGGCCGUUCCAAGCCCUAUUCACACUCGUACUGCAACCUCGGACGGGCCUCGACCUCCGGAGAUAUCGACCCUUGAUUUUCCGUCAGGCCGCAGCUACUCUCGAGCCCCGACCAUUGUUCGGCGAUUUUGAGCUCUCAACGACCGAGCUCUCUUUCGGCAACUGCGGGGACCUUCGACUCCCAGCCACUUCCACGUCCGGCGACCAGCCUUGA